AUGGCGUCUGUUGAUCUGAGAUUCAGCGAAAAUUGCUUCCUCUGCUUGAACCCUUAUUUGGAUCCCGUAACACUGCCUUGUGGGCAUCAUUUCUGCCAGAUGUGCAUUUCGAAGUUGCUGGAUACCCAGAAGGUCUGUAAGGUUUAUUCUUGCCCCCAGUGCAGAGCAGAAUUCAAAGAGCACCCCGACCUGCACAGAAACUGGACAUUGGGUAGCAAAGCAAAGUCAUUCCUUUCUAACCACCCAGAGCAGGGUGGGACUGGGAUCUUCUGUACUUACUGUAUUGAGUCUCCUGUACCUGCUGCUAAGUCUUGUCUCCUAUGUGAGGCUUCUCUGUGUGAGACCCAUCUUGCAGCUCACAGCAGAUCAACUGAGCAUGUCUUAACUGAACCAACAAAUACUCCUUUUAACAGGCUAUGCUCUGUACACAAGGAACCCCUGAAGUAUUUCUGCUGUAAUGAUGCAACUUGUAUCUGUGCAUCUUGCUGCCUAGUUGGGGUGCACAAGGGACACAAGGUGGAGACACUUGGUGACUCAUCAGAGAAAGAGAAGGAGAAGCUGGGACAUGUUCUAGAGCAGCUGAUCCCAAAAAGAGACAAAACUGAGAAAAGAAUUCAGAGGCUAGUGGAGCAAAGUAGACAUGUGCAGGAACAAUCAGCUGGUGAGGCAAAUAGAGUCACUGCUCUGUUUAGGGACAUCAGAGAACAGCUGGAAUCCCUAGAGGCUAAAGUCCUGCAUAACAUCUUCACACAGCAAGUAGAGCGCUCCCUUCAACUGUGUAAACUCAUCAAGGAGACGGAGAUAAAGAAAGAGGAGCUGUCCAGGAAGAUCUGUCACAUUAAGGAGCUGUGCAACAUGGCAGAUGCACUGACUUUCUUACAGGAUUUAAAAUUAAAUGAACUUGACUUUAAUGAUGAGGAGGACGGAGAUGGGAACAAGGAAGAUCAGGCACCUUCAUUUUUCGAUGGUAUUGUCAAACCUUUCAGCAAAAUGAGCAGAUGGUACAAGACUACAGAUCAAGAAAAUUCAAUGUGCUCAUUAAGUAGAAUGUAUGAGAAUCUGAUCACGGGCACCUUACUCACAGGUUUGACUGACAUUAUGGAAAGUGUGCAGAGAAGGGUUAAUUGGCAGGAGGCUACAGGCAUGUUGCUGGAUAUAAACUCAGCUGCUAAUGAUGUCGCUGUUUCUUGGGACAAGAAAACUGCAUCCAGUUCAUUAAGAAGUCAAGGGCGCCCAAAAACACCAGAGAGAUUUCAGCUCUACCAGACUUUAAGCAGCAGUAACUUCUCGUUAGGGCGUCAUUACUGGGAAGUAGAGGUUAGUGAAUCAGGGUACUGGAGGCUAGGGGUGGCCUAUUCCAGUAUAGACAGGGAAGGAGAUGAGUCUUGGUUUGGAUAUAAUGAGAAGUCUUGGUGCUUGUGUAGGGAGGAUAAAAUAUAUAAAGUCAUACACAACAGUCAACAAACCAACUUACACCACAAACCCACAUACCUUAAAAUCAGGAUCUCACUAGACUACGAGGCUCAAUGCCUGUCCUUUUCUGAGAUGAGUGAGUCAAUCAGACACCUACACACCUUCACUGCUUCCUUCACUGAGCCCCUUCAUGCUGCAUUUGGUGUAGGGAGGAGGAGUCGGGUGACAAUUAUUAGUUAA